AUGAAUGUGCACGAGGGCCACUGGAAACUAAUCUCCGGAUUCGUCGUCGAGCUAACACCACCUGAGGAACUUUUCUCCGAGAAUCAACAUACAAUCGUCUUCACCGACAAUACAGACCUGCAUGCAGCAAGUGGUAUUCAUCAAGAGCACUAUAUGAAUUUCAAGGACUACACAGACAUAAAGAAUUGGGUGUACAACUCUCAUCAUCCUCUUGUUGUCAAAGACCACAACUUUACACUAGAUAAUAACAAGAAGACAUCCAGAGUUAUGUUCACCAUCAAGGGCUUAGAGUAA